UAUUAUAUUCUAGGACCGGAGAAACUAAAGAUCAAUGGCGGCGGAGAAAGAAGUCGGCGUUAAAAGGGCGAGCGAUAAGUACAGGUCCUUCCUUCAUGAAGAAGACGGUGGAGGAGGAAACAUCCAGUGGAGGCACGGCGGCGCUCCCACUUUCGACGCCGUUAACGAGCUCUUUGAGCAAGGCAGAACCCAGGUAUGGCCAGAAGGAUCCUUGGAAGAGACAGUACAAAAUGCUGUGAAGUCCUGGGAAAUGGAGCUGUCUCAUAAAACUCGCAUUCAAGACUUCAGGACCAUUAAUCCUGAAAAAUUCAAGCUCUUCGUUAAUGGGAGGGAGGGAUUGUCAGCUGAAGAAACCUUAGAGGUGGGGAGUUACAAUGCACUGUUGAAGACCUCGUUGCCGGAACAGUUCAAGUUCUACAAAUCCGAGGAGGAGAGUUUUGAAUCGUCACACGACGAGUUCCGGUCGGCAUUUCCUCGGGGGUUUGCGUGGGAGGUGAUGGCCGUGUAUUCAGGGCCGCCUGUGGUGACCUACAAGUUCAGGCAUUGGGGCUAUUUUGAAGGACCUUUCAAGGGCCACUCUCCUACCGGAGAAUUGGUUCAGUUUUAUGGCCUUGGUAUCAUGAAGGUUGAUGAAUCUCUGAGGGCCGAGGAAGUAGAGAUAUACUAUGACCCAGCAGAGCUUUUUGGUGGGCUUCUCAAAGGAACAGAUUCCAACAUUAAGCAUUGCCCCUUCCAGAAAUAAAAGAGCACCAUCAAAUUUCUUAUCCACCCAGCUCGAUCUGUUUAAUUAGGUUUCUGUUAAAAUGUUAUGAAUUAUAUUGCCCUAAUAACUUAAUUCAAAAUGUUGAUUUUACGGCUUAGGAUAGCAAGAUGGCGGCCAACACUUUGAAUUAUUAUAUAUGAAUAAUGGCAAAUUAUAUUGUGGUUUAGGUUUAACUUUGUAUUAUGGUGGAUUUUAUCUAAAAUAAUA